GGGCGGGGAGCGGGAGCGGCGGCGGCGGCGGGGCCGGAGCGGCGGCGGAGCCCGGCGGCUGCUGAUGAAAUCGCAGCCGGGAGCGGAGGAGUCUUUGGACCUUCCCAUGCUCGGGACCUUUGACUCAUAAAAGGCUCCUUCCGAAAGCGUCGGGAGCAGAAGAGGGGGAGUUCGAGGAGCCGGGGAAGGGAAGGAGCUGCUGGAAGGGGCAGAGCCCGUCCCGGAGCGUGGGGAGCCGCGGGGGGACAGAGGAAGUCGCUGCAUGUGGAGGUUUCGGACAAGAUGCUCUCUCUGAAGAAAUACUUCACGGAGGGCCUGAUCCAGUUCACCAUCCUGCUGAGCCUGGUCGGCGUGCGCGUGGACGUGGACUCGUACCUGAGCUCGCGGCUGCCGCCGCUGCGCGAGAUCAUCCUGGGCCCCAGCUCCGCCUACGCGCAGGCGCAGUUCCACCACGCGCGCGGCGCCUCCGAGGGCUAUGGCCUGCACCCCAAGAGCGCCGAGCUCGACGCCUACCUGGCCUCUCGCCGCCUGCUGGGCCGCGUGCGCGCCCUGGGCCGGCUGCGCGUGCCCAGCGCCCAGGUGAGCGCCUGGCUGGUGCACCGCGACGCCGAGGGCGCCGUCAGCGGGGGCCCGCCCGCGCCCGGCGCCGCGCUGCAGGACGGCGCCGCGCCCGACGCCAGGGACGGCGCGGCCGAGCAGGGCUUCGGCGGAGAGGAGCCCGAGGACCUGGGCGCCGUGGCGGCGCCCGCCGGCGGGGACCUCACCAAGGAGCACCCGGAGAGCGGGCGGGGCGCGGGGGGAGGGAGGGAGUGA